AUGAGUUCAAAAGAAUUAACAACCUAUAUUCUCGAGGAUGAUACUGAAUUAUCAGCUUUUUUCCAAGUAAUAUUUGAGAUAUUAGGAUAUAUUUUUCUUGAAAUUUAUGAUUUUCUUAGAUUCUAG